AUGAUUUGGGAAAUCGACAUACCGCAGACAUCCGCAGACCCGAGCUUUCAGAUACUAACAGAGUGCAAAGUCAAACAGUCCCUUGGACUCGUGGCACGAAGACCAUGGGCAGCUGGCGACUCAGUGCCGCUGAGGACUUCGGAUUCGCUUCCUGUGACAAUUUCGCCAGGCGGCGCUUCAAAGAAGGCCUGGGGACGAAGGUUUCACAUCACAUCAAAUGUGCCUGACCCCACCGGGGAGACGUAUCAGCAGAUCUUUCCUGUUUGGACCAUUGCGGUCACCAAGAACCAGAGACAGUUGGCCACAGCAACCAGUGACAACAGGAUCAAUCUCUGGUGCCUUGUUACACAUCAGCUGCUGGCUCCUCUCAUCGGACAUGCAGACACGAUUUGGCGCUUGGCCUACUCACCUGAUGACUUGCUACUGGCAUCCACGAGUGCUGAUGGCACCGUGCGGUUGUGGGAGAAUCUGUCGGCACGUGGCCGGGUCCUUCUUGGAGAGAGCGUCUUGCAGGCAUGUCUGGAGCAGUCGCGCCUCACAGCAAAAGCUCAAGGAGCACUGUUCGGAGACGUAAACGUCAAUGGUUCGAGCUCCCUGGACAAAGAUGUUGCUGUUUGGAACCUGCAGAUGACUACCAGUGGCCUAGCGGGCAAUGAGCAGACCGAGGAAGAGUUUGUGGCCGCCCAACAGCAAGCUGAGGCAAUGUCCGAGCAGGUUUCGCGGUCUACCAAAGUUGUGGGCUGGUACACUUCAAGCCCCUCGGAAGUUACCGAAGCCGACAUGAGGCUGCAACUCCAAUAUCAAGAGAACUUUGCCGACUACUGCGUCGCCUUGGUCUUUGGACGGGCUGCGAAUGCAAUGGAAACAAGGCAGACAGUAACGGCCUUCCGAACUUCCGUGUCUCGAGGAACGUUGGUCCUCGUGACCUUAAAGGUCGAAGUCGUGCCGCUGUGCAGCCUUGUCGCGCAGGAUUGCUUUUUGCAGCGUUGCCUUACGCCGACAGUGCGGGCAUUGCGCCAGGUGAUUACGGACAUGCAGCAAGCAAGGCAUCAGAAGACUGCCGGGCAUACAUUGAAGGACAACAAAAUGGACGUGGCCGCCGAGUUGCAGAUGCUAUGCGGGCAGUACGAAGGACUCUGUUUGAUGCUGGAGUCGAAGGUCCCUGUGCUGGCGGCCCUGCUCUGCGAUGCGCAGCACAACAGCCAGGUACUGGAAGAGAUUUUUGCGAAGAAAGCUCGAAGAAGCUCUCAGGAGGGCUCAGCUCGAACACCCUCAAGGCCCUCAAGGCCGGCGGCUGCUCCAGCCGGCAACCAUUCGGUAACUGCCCGUCCGUCUUUGACGCAGCAUCCUGAUACUGGAGGCGGUGACAGUGACAAGCAACAUCUUGCAACCCUUCGACGCCGGGUACCGGGAGCGUGCAUCAAAUGGGAAAUUCCCAGACUGGCAAUGGAGGCAACUUCAAGGAGGUCCGGGUGGUCCUUGCAGGGAUGCCUGCAGCAGGCGCCAAGUCGCUGGCGACACGCUUCACGAGCAACGUGUGGCUCGAGCGACCGCCUCCCGGAACAGGUUGGGAGCCUCUUGCUCGACCUUUCGAGAGAAUUCAGCUGCUGCUACUUCCUGUUGGGUCUUCCCAGGGCCUUUGGGAGCACAUCGCUGGAGCAGACGUGCUUGCCUUCGUGGUUGAUGCAGACAGCUUCGAUGAGGUGCCCUUCGGCAGCUCCUUCAACAAAGCCGUUGGCUACCUGCCCGAAGGCGCACCUGUCAUUCUUUUGGUGA